CCCAGACAGUCUUUUUGGUAAUCGCCCCGCGGUCAAUUCGAAAGGUUACACAAUUCACAAUGAAGAGAAAGGCGGCUGGCUCCGCCGACGGCAAGAAUCCGGCCAAGAAGCGACCCAAGAACACUCUCGGCAGAGAAGAUGCCAAAGCUCGCUUCCGGAAGGGCCUCUUCGACAAGGAGGUGCUCGACAAGUACACGUCGCAGUACGCGUCGUCAAGUCCCUACAAGCACUGCGUCAUCAGCGGCCUGAUCGAUGACGACCUCCUGCGCAAGGUCCGGUCCGAGAUCAAGGCGAACGUCCACUUCACUCCGAAGGAGACCGACAUCUACAAGAUCCACCAGAGCGGCGACCUUGCCAACCUGGACGGCCUCGACGACGAGGCCCUCUCCAAGCUCCCCUCGCUUCUCGCCCUGCGCGACGCCCUCUACUCGCAGACCUUCCGCGACUACGUCUCCCACAUCACCAACUGCGGGCCCCUGAGCGGGCGCAAGACCGACAUGGCCAUCAACGUCUACACCCCCGGCUGCUACCUCCUGUGCCACGACGACGUCAUCGGCUCUCGCAAGGUCAGCUACAUCCUGUACCUGACCGACCCCGACACGCCCUGGCAGCCCGAGUGGGGCGGCGCCCUGCGGCUCUACCCCGUGGUGGACCGCGAGGGCAAGGACGGCGAGGUGGCCAAGACCCCGCUGCCGGACGUGGUCAAGGUCAUCCCGCCCGCGUGGAACCAGCUUUCCUUCUUCGCGGUGCAGCCCGGGGAGUCCUUCCACGACGUCGAGGAGGUCUACCAUGCCUCCUCCAAGGAGGAGCUCGACAAGAACGGCGGGCGCAUCCGCAUGGCCAUCAGCGGCUGGUUCCACAUCCCCCAGAUCGGGGAGGACGGUUACGUGGAGGGAGCCGAGGAGAAGGCGGCCCAGAAGAGCGGCCUGAUGCAGCUACAGGGCAACCCCGACCAGCACGAUCGGCCCCGGGCGAAGCCCGUUCCCGUCGAGCCUGGCGAUGGCGAGGCCAGCGACGAGUUCCCCCUGGACGAGGCAGACCUCGAGUUCCUCCUCAAGUACAUCGCCCCUACGUACCUGACCCCGGACACACUCGAGCGGGUCGCCGACCACUUUGAGGAAGAGUUCAGCAUCACCCUGUCGGACAUCCUGCAUCCCAAGUUCGCCGCCAAGCUGCGCGAGUAUGUCGAAUCCCAGGAGGCCCAGCCGCUGCCCGAGGAUAGCGAGGAGAUCGACAAGGGCCCGUGGAAGGUCGCCCGUCCGCCACACAAGCACCGCUAUCUCUUCCUGCAGCCCGGCCAGGAGAAGCUCGAGGCGUCGCCGCUACAGGAACUUCUCGAGGUCCUCCUGCCGUCCAAGCAAUUCCGCCUCUGGCUGCAGAUGGCGACACGCUCGCGCAUAGAGAGCUACGACGUGCUUGCGCGGAGAUUCCGUCGCGGCAAGGACUACACGCUCGCGACCGGACACGAGGGCAAGCCGAGGCUCGAGGUCAAUAUCGGUCUCACCCCGACGGACGGCUGGGGCGACGUCGACGAUGACGACGGCGGCAGCUCCGAAGCCUCAUCCGAAUCCGAGGAGGCUCAGGAAAGCAGCAAGACACCUGGCAAGAAUGGUAAGAAGGGGACCGCUUCUGCUGUCAACGGCGAGUCCAAGGACAAGGGCAAGGGCAAGGGCAAGGGCAAGGCCGUUGAGAAGGACGUAGAGGAGGAGGAGGAGGAGGAGGAGGAAGAAGAAGAAGAAGAGGAAGGGAAGGAGGAAGACGGGGAGGUCGGCGGUCACGAAGUGUACAUGGCGGGCGAUGACGACGGCGACGAGGAUGCGGCCAUCUACAAGAGCAGCGCCGACGACGACAACAUCCUGUUCUUCCAGGCGGCGGCGUGGAACAAGAUGACCAUCGUCCUCCGCGACAGCGGAACGCUGCGGUUUGUCAAGUACGUCAGCGCCAGUGCCAAGGGAGACCGGUGGGACAUUAGCGCCACGUUCGAGAUUGAGGAGCAGGACGAGGCGCCGGAUGAGAAGGACGACGGCGCCGAGGGCUCGGGUGCCGGGGUGCCGGAGGACGAGUCGGAGGAAGAGUUUAACGGUUUUUCGAGCAGCGAGGCGAGCGAUUCGGAAUAGGCCGCUGGUAAGAGACGCUGGGGGGGUUGGGGUGCGACAACGCAGUUAACGCAGUAACAUGUUUGACGAACUUGCAGGCUCAUCUUCUGGAGGAAACCCUCACCAGGGUGGAUGAUCUCGAACUAAUGCUACUCUUCGUAAGACCUC